AUGUCUCUACCAUCCUCACCUCUGCUGCCACGGCAGUCCUACAUGAUGCCCUUACGCUCCAACAAGAGAUCACCAGGUCCGAUAAGGAAGCCCAAAUAUGUUGAGAGUCCUCGCGUUCCUUCUGAUGCCAUCGUGUCAGUGCUAAAUAAGGUGUCUGAUAACAAGGAAUCAUCCAACAAUGCGCUGCAAGCAGAGCAACAGCCAAGCUCCUCCUCCCCUGCCACUCAGGAACUGAUGACAAGACUGGGAUUUUUACUGGGAGAAGGGAUCCCGGGUACGGCACGCAUACCUAUGGAUGACAAGAAUGAAAAGAAGUGCCCUCUGACCAGCCAGGGCAUCAGCCCCUGCUCCACACUGACAAGUAGCACGGCAUCUCCCAGCACCGACAGUCCAUGUUCCACCCUCAACAGCACCACGAGCCGUCCCCCACUCAGCCGCUCCAGCCCCUGUGGAACCAUCACCAGCCCCAGCUCCACACUUGAGAGCAAGGAUAGCGGGAUCAUAGCCACCAUCACUAGUUCCUCAGAGAACGAUGACCGUAGUGGCUCCAGUCUUGAGUGGAGCAAAGAUGGCAGCCUCAGAAGCAGCGGACGCCACGGCCUGGCGCAGAGUGUGCGAGCUGAUGCAUGCUCUCCUGUGGUGGAGGAGGACUCCAGCAGUGCCACGGCAUCGCCAGCUGACACCCCAUCCAGGACAGACCAGCAGCAGCAGCAGCAGCUGGCUCACAUAUCAUCAGGAGCUCCAGGGCCAACACAGCCUCCAGGCCACUCACCUGAGGGACCCAGUCCAUACCCACCACAGACGUCAUCCUCGCUCAUGAUGCCGAGACCAAACUCUGUCGCCGCAACCAGCUCUACAAAGCUGGAAGACCUGAGCUUUCUUGAUGAACAACGCAACACCCCACUGCGGACAUCCAUCCGCCUGCCGUGGCAUAACACAGGAGGACGGCCACCUCAGGAUUCUAAAGCACGCUUUGCUCCAUACAAACCCGUGGACAUUAUGCUCAAGCCGCUGUUGUUUGAGGUACCCAGCAUCACCACAGACUCUGUGUUCGUCGGCCGAGACUGGCUUUUUCAGCGGUUGGAAGACCUUCUAAAGGCCAGCGAGUCCUCGGGGACCCAUGGUGCUGUUGUGGUGGGCAGCGUCGGUUAUGGGAAGACGGCCAUUAUCUCACGGCUUGUAGCUCUGAGCUGCCACGGAGGGCGCAUGCGCCAGAUUGCAUCCAACAGCCCCAGCGCUUCCCCCAAAAGUAACCACUCUGAAUAUUUUAUCCUGGAUCCCACUCCUCCAUCCAGCGCCACCAACACACUGAGGACCAACAGCUGCCCAGGAACCCCUGAGAUGCAGCGGCGCAGGGAGGAGGCCGUCAAACGCCUGGCUUCAAAGGUGGUUGCCUAUCAUUACUGCCAGGCUGACAACACGUACACUUGCUUGGUGCCAGAAUUUGUACACAGUAUCGCAGCCCUGCUGUGCAGAUCACAUCAACUGGCCGCAUACCGAGAGCUGCUCCUAAAAGAGCCCCACCUGCAGAGCAUGCUCAGCCUGCGCUCCUGUGUCCAAGACCCCAUGGCUGCUUUCCGGAGAGGGGUCCUGGAACCCCUGGCCAACCUUCGUAAAGAGAGGAGAAUUUCAGAAGAGGACCACAUAAUCUUGAUAGACGGGCUAAAUGAAGCUGAGUUCCAUAAGCCCGAUUAUGGAGACACUAUCGCUUCCUUUAUCACCAAGAUUAUUACUAAGUUCCCCCCCUGGCUUAAACUAGUGGUCACUGUCCGAGUCAACCUGUUGGACAUCACCAACCUUCUGCCCUUCGCUAAGAUCUCCCUGGAUGACUUCUCUGACAACACCGAGAUAGGCAACGACCUCAAUGCGUAUAUCCAAUACCGCAUCAGUGGCAGCAAGGACAUCAUGAACAACAUCAGCUUGAACGGCAAAGCCGAUCCUGUCACAGUGGGCAAGCUCAGCAGCCACCUGAUCUCGCGUAGUCAGGGUUCCUACCUGUACCUCAAACUCACCCUGGAUCUAUUUGACAGAGGCCACCUCGUGAUCAAAAGUGCCAGCUACAAAGUGGUGCCCGUAUCGCUGGCUGAGCUGUACCAGUUACAGUGUAACAUGAAAUUUAUGACCAAUUCAGCCUUUGAGCGCUCCCUGCCCAUCCUCAACGUGGCACUGGCCUCGCUGCACCCCAUGACCGAUGAGCAGCUGUUUCAGGCCAUCAACGCCGGCUCCAUACAAGGGGAGCUACCGUGGGAGGACUUUCAGCAGCGCAUGGAGCUGCUCUCGUGCUUCUUCAUCAAGCGGCGGGAUAAGACGCGCAUGUUUUGCCACCCCUCCUUCCGAGAGUGGCUGGUGUGGAGAGCUGAUGGAGAGAGUACGGACUUCCUGUGUGACCCAAGGACUGGCCACGCUUUUAUGGCGUUCAUGUUAUCCCGCCAAGAGGGGAAACUGAAUCGUCAGCAGACGAUGGAGCUGGGACACCACAUUCUUAAGGCGCACAUCUUUAAGGGCCUGAGUAAGAAAACAGGUGUGUCAUCCAGUGUGCUUCAGGCUCUGUGGAUCAGCUGCGGAGCUGAUGGCCUGUCGGCAGCUUUGGCCUCUCUUAGGAACCUCUACACGCCUAAUGUCAAGUGCCAUCUCGGUCACCAGGAAAUUGCCUCGCUGCUGCUGGAGUUUGGGGCCAGCGUGGACGUGGUGUCUGAAAACGGCAUGAGCCCGCUUUGCUUCUCAGCCGCUGCCGGACACUUGGAGCUAGUCAUGCUGCUCUGCAAGAGAGGGGCCAAGGUGGAUCAUGUCGAUAAGAGCGGCCAGUGUGCCCUGGUUCAUGCCGCAUUACGUGGACACGUGGAGAUAAUCCAGUACCUGCUGGAGCUGGAGUGGAGUGCUGAGGGGCAGCAGCAGGACUGCUCUCUGAAGAACAAAGUUCUGCAGCAGGCUUUGAUUGCUGCUUCGAGCAUGGGACACACACAGGUUGUGAGGGGCUUGCUGGCGUUGAAAAAUGAGCAUGCUGUCCAGAUUGAUAGUCACGACACUCUGUGGGGAGAGACAGCGUUGACAGCUGCUGCUGGCCGGGGGAAGAUGGAGGUGUGCAGCUUCCUGUUGGAGCAGGGCGCCGUGGUGCCGCAGGUCAACCGCCGCAGCGUGUCUCCUCUGUUCUGUGCUGUCAGACAGGGCCACUGGCAGAUUGCUGAGCUGUUGCUGCAACACGGGGCCGACAUUAACAUCAGUGACAAGCAGGGCAGAACCCUCCUCAUGGUGGCAGCCUGUGAGGGUCACCUGCGAACUGUUGAGUUUCUGCUAUCUAAAGGUGCAUCUUUAACUUCAAUGGACAAGGAGGGAUUAAUGCCUCUUGGCUGGGCAUGUUUAAAAGGACAUAAGAACGUGGUGCAGUUUUUGGUGGAGAAAGGUGCGGUCAUCGACCACACGGACAAAAAUGGGCGGACUCCGCUGGACCUGGCUGCUUUCUAUGGAGAUGCAGAGAUCGUCCAGUAUUUGGUGGAAAGGGGAGCAGUGAUAGAGCAUGUGGACCACAGUGGGAUGAGGCCUCUGGACCGGGCCAUCGGUUGCAGGAACACAUCAGUGGUAGUGACUUUGUUAAAGAAAGGAGCAAAGCUUGGGAAUGCUGCGUGGGCCAUGGCAACUUCCAAGCCUGAUAUCCUCAUCAUCCUUCUCCAGAAGCUGAUGGAGGAGGGAAACAUACUUUACAAGAAAGGGAAGAUGAAGGAGGCGGCCCAGAGGUACCAGUACGCCCUGAGGAAGUUUCCUCGAGAAGGCUAUGGGGAUGACCUGAAGGCAUUUAAGGAGCUGAGGGUCUCUCUGUACCUCAACCUCUCUCGCUGUCGCAGAAAAACCAAUGAUUUUGGGAUGGCUGAAGAGUUUGCAACAAAAGCACUGGAGCUGAAAUCUAAAUCCUAUGAGGCUUACUAUGCCCGCGCCAGGGCUAAACGAAGCAGCAGACAGUUUACGGCGGCGUUGGCUGACCUGCACGAAGCAGCCAAGCUGUGCCCCAACAACAGAGAGAUCCGACGCCUGCUGGCUCGAGUUGAGGAGGAGUGUAAACAGAUGCAGAGAACUCAGACCAAAGGAAGCCUGUCGGGGGCUGCAGCUGCCUCCAUCCAGGCAUCAGGGGGCCACGACUCUGACCACGAGAACGACGAAGCCCAGGAAGAGCCCUCGGAGCACUGCCUGGUGCGGAAUGUGGAAGGCCAAAGAGAUAUUCUUGAGGAAGAGGAAGAAGAGGAGGAGGAAUCAUUGACCUUUAAGCAUGACAGGACAGGCGACGCCGGUUGGUCCCAAAACAGCUACUCCUUCAGCAGAGUCUUGCCUGUCGACCCUCCAACAUUAAGCAAUUGCUUGGGUCAUCAGAAUCAGAGCGUGACCCCCAACUCCCCUCCAGGCCCCAGCAGGCUUCCUCCCCACAGGUACCCUCGAGAGCACCGGGAGGCGCUGGCCCAGCAGGCUCUGGUCCUGCAGCCCACCAAGCAGGCCCAGAUAGUCAAGACCAAUCAGCACAUGAGUUCCAUGGGAGGAGCUGCUGGGGGCCGCUCCACUGGGUCCAAAUCUCAGUACACGCCCUCGAGUCCUUUACCUAGUCGACACAUGUCCAGCAAGCUGAAGCCAGGCCCAGGCAUCGACAUCAGCCCCCUGUCUCCACCCCCUGAUGAGCCUUUGUAUGGAAACCGCUUGUUGCUGGCGGCAUCGUCCACAUCCAUGGGUCAGAGCUGUGAGGGCGAGAGCCUUCUUUUCCCUCAGUCCUCCAAAGGACUGGGGCAGGACAGGCUGUCCACCCACUCAGCCUCCUCCCUGGAAGGAUUGACUUGUUCUGCUCCUGGACACCAGGGGAACCAUGCUGACCCAGGAAAGGAGGGCAUGUGUGGUGCAGGAGGAGCUCAGGGAGGAGGCAUCAGCAGCAUGCGUGUGUCCAGUUCUACCAGCAGCUUGGCGUCCAGCAGCAGCCUGUCGGACAGCGGCAAGCUGGGCCCGGAUGUGCGCACAAAGAUUUCAGACAAAGCCAAGCACAGCCAGCAGCCGGGCCCCGCUGCAGAGUACAAACCCAGACCUUUCAUGGGCGUAACUGACAAAACGGCCCGCUUUCAGCAGCAGCUGCAGCAGCAGCAGCAUCACAGCGUGCAGAGCCAUCCAAGCCUUCAGACUGCCAGUCGCAGCUGGAUGAGCCACUCCUCUGACGCCCUGGUGUGCCACAUGUCAUCGAUGGGCCUGCAGCCGAUCGACUGCGAGUCGUCUUACAGCAAAACAAUGAGCGCGUACCAGGAGCAGCACAAGCCUCCAGCAGCUCAAGGUGCAAUGGCUGUGAGUAGCUUGCAAAAUGGCAUGCAUGCCAAGGAGUUUGCAGGGAAGUUCUGCCAAGCAGCCAACUGUUACAAAGAGUCUAAGCCAGCUCUGGUAAUGCCGCAUACUUUUGUGGACAGUAAGCCCAAGCAGUCUGGCCUUGUCCGAGAUAAUCCUGCCAUUCACGUAGCUUCAAUGAAACCAAAGCGAUCAUUUAUAGAAUCAAAUGUGUAG